AGAGGACACGGUGCUUCCCGCACUAUGAAUAGCAUCGCCAUCCCCUCCUAACAAUUAGCUUCCCGGGGUGUACAUUUAACUCACAUGACUGGAUAUACUGUAACACUGUGGCACAGUAAAUGUGUCGGCAUCAGCCGAAAUCACCAAUGGCGCGGCUUUAAGUCGAUGACGUAACGGGGGCGGGUCGGAAACAGGUUAGUGGUGUGCGUGAAGAGCUGUGAAAGACAGUCAGCUCCUGCACUGGAGAUCGGUGAGUGUGUGUGUGGCUGACCUCGCACUGAAUGGACUAGAUUCACAGCCACGUAAGUAGCACACCGCGGAGAUGAUGUCUUGCUGAAAGAAGGGAUAGGCCUGAAGAAGUCGGCCGUCCCUUUCUCUCCGAGCAGCUAAAUCGUCGCCCGUUCGAACGUUUGGUCGGAUUUACCCAAAUUCGCCGCAGAAGACAUCGGCUGCCAGGCAUAACAAAGAGCUGGUAAUCGGGACGAUUUUUCUGGCCAUAUUUGGUCGAUGGUCCCUGCAGCUGCAUGGAUAUGAUCUGUGGAACCAGGCCCGUGCAUGCACACAGAGCGUUUUCUCAGGAUAUCUGAACCACUAACCGGUUAGCUAGUUAGCAGCAGCCCCCAAGGCUUCAUUCUCGCUGGCUAUCCAAGUUAGCAUUCUCCUGAUAUUCGAGCCCCUCAUUUGGAAAUCUAGCAUUUCCCCGUAAUGCAUCCUGAGUAAAAUUGUUAGCCUUGUAGCUGAUAAUGAUCAACUGUUUUGCACUUGCCUUUAUGGUGUAGCCUCUUUACAGUGUCUACCUAGUGUCUUGUAACAUUAAUUUAUCUACAUCAAUGUUAUAAUUAUCCAAUGAAGCACUGCACCUCGAGGGUUGUCUUCUCACUUAAACUAAAGCAACUUUCCUCAUCGCAGUGGAUAAGCUGUAUUUCUAAUCAUAUAUGUCGUUUAUGGUUUUAUACGCAAGGUCUUGAUUGCAAAGGACGGUAUUUUUGUCAAAAUUUGGCAGCAUUUGAAGUGGAACCAGUCGCCUUUGUCUAAUCUCUUAUCUGGCUACGUAAGUAGCCUGUCAUUUUUGUAUUGUAGCGAUAUUCGUGCUCCUCAAAUUUAGUGUCAAAUAAUUUUUGGGGCAUUGAAUCGACGCAGCACAUUCGAUUGGACACAUUCUAUAUUGUCCUUAAAUUGUGGUGAAUGAUUGCCGUCUGUCUCUGAUUCGACCUCCCUUCCCGGUGGAAUUCCCUUGCACAAUCGAAGAUCCCCCCGCUUCCUCUGGAAAUAUCUCCGCCUAUCCCCAUGAACAUACAGAGGUCAAAUCCCAUUAACAUUUCACGUUAUGGGAGGUCACGGCACAAAACGCACGACUUUGAGGAGUUAACUUGCCUGAGGACUACAGAAUCGAAUCAGAGUUUCAGUCCUAAUUUGGGAUCACCGAGUCCUCCGGAGACUCCGGAUUCCUCUCAUUGCAUUUCUUGCAUCGGGAAUUACCUCUUGUUGGAGCCACUAGCGGGAGACCACGUUUUCAGGGCCGCCCACCUUCAUACUGGCGAGGAGCUCGUCUGUAAGUUGUCCUCCCUUAUCCCUCCCUACCAGGAGUCCUCCUGUCCUAUUUUCCUUUAUACAGAUCUGUUUCACAUCAACCAGAUCGUGGAGAUCCUGUUGGGCGACACGCGCGCCUAUAUCUUCUUUGAGCGUAGCCAUGGCGACAUGCACUCAUUUGUGCGCAGCUGCAAGCGGCUGCGCGAGGAGGAGGCCGCCCGGCUCUUCCACCAGAUUGCCUCCGCCGUCGCCCACUGCCACGACCACGGCCUGGUGCUGCGCGACCUCAAGCUCAGGAAGUUCGUCUUUAAGAACGAGGAGAGGAGUCUGGUGAAGUUGGAGAGCUUGGAAGACACACACCUUCUGGAAGGUUCUGAUGACUCUCUGUCGGACAAGCACGGCUGCCCGGCAUAUGUGAGCCCCGAGAUCCUGAACGGCGGCGGCCGCUACUCGGGCAAGGCGGCGGACGUGUGGAGCCUGGGCGUGAUGCUCUACACCAUCCUGGUCGGCCGCUACCCGUUCCACGACGUCGAGCCCGGCUCGCUCUUCUCCAAGAUCCGCCGCGGCCACUUCAGCCUGCCUGAGACACUCUCACCCAAGGCUCGCUGCCUCAUCCGCAGCCUGUUACGCCGGCAGCCCGGCGAGCGCCUGACGGCCCGUGAGCUGCUUGACCACCCCUGGUUCGCCGCCUGGGCUGGCCCAACGGCGCCCCCUGUAGGUGGACAUGGGCGGGCGGAGCGCGAGCACGACCAGGCCGUCCCCGAGGCCAACAUGGAGGAGGAGCUGGAGCAGCUCUUCAGCUGAACAGUGCAGUAUGGCAGCACCGCAAUGUGACGACACCGCAAACAAAUAUAUAAACAAACAAACUAACUAACAAACAAACAAGGCCAACCAAUGGCCAGACACUUUCUCACCAGGGAAAACAAUGGGAUGGGGCCGAGGAAACUACAACAAACAAGCAAACAAACGAAACCAACUCCUGGCCAGGCGUUUUGUCACAGGGAAUCAAUGGGACGGGGAGGUGGUCAUGACGUGUCAAAAAACAAACAAACAAAGGCAGCCAAUAGGCAUGUGUAUUGUCUCGGGAAAUUACAUUGGAGGAGAAUGAAGAGUCUGUGGAGAGUGAAUGAAUGAUUCACUCGUUUCAUCGAAGAAAAAAACAAACAAAAACAAACUUAAGGUGUCGAUCUUUCGUUAUUUUUUCAUUCCACUGACAAACCUCAGCAGGUCCUGAAGAAGGGGUAGGGGUGGGGGGUGACAUCUAAAACCCCGGCGUCAUGGCGACGCACAUUGGGACGAUUGGAAGGCAAAUGUAAUGUAGCAUCACUUUUUGUUCUGUCCUGUUUUUUUUGGUCCUUUUUUUAUUUGUAUUUUUUGGUGGUGCUCCGGUGGUUAACACGUCCACGUUCACAUUAGGCUACGGACUCUACUGAGGACCUGUACCCAGAUGGCAUUGGGUUCUGGCCCACGUUUGGUGCGGGCCAGGACCAGAGUCCAGAUGCUGUGCGGGAGGAAUGCCUCUGCCAAGGAGAACACACACACACACACACACACACCAAGUACGCAUAAGCAAACUCUCUUCACCAUUCAACUGCAACGGCACUUCUGUGUGCUCCGUUUUCUGAUUUUCAUUUUGAGAUGUUCCCCACACACACACACACACACACACACACACACACACACACACACACACACACAC